GCUUGUGGACCAAUGAGAAGGCUACUUGGCGUUCGUUUGUUACCCACCAUGACUGAGGACACAACUGAUCAAGAAAACUCCAACGAAUCAACGCCCCAGGUCACUGAGGGAUGUCGGAUGCCCGUUCGCAUGCGGAACAGUAACGACUGGCCACUUGCUGAAAUACUGAGCAUCAAGGAGCUACCUGACAAUCAAUGCCUAUACUAUGUUCACUUCAUCGAUUACAACAAGCGCUUGGACGAAUGGGUGACGGUCGAGCGCUUGGACCUGAAGAAGCUACAGCUGCCUCGGAAAGAGAACAAGACUCCCCUGAAGGACGUCAAGAAUGGCUCUCGGCCUUGCUCACCGGACUUGCUGGCCGCAACGUCCGUGGAGCGACCAGCUCCACCUGACCGUCCUGCUGCCACCACUGACCGGCUUCCUCCCCCUGAUCGUCCAGGUCCCUCUGUGGAUGUGUGGCCGCAAAAGUCUCCAGCAGAGGCCAAGGUUCCGGUCAAGGAGGCCCUCCCACCGGCCAGCGCGGCGGAAACGUGGGCCGAGAAAUCGCCCGACGAGCCGGCCCCAUCCGCAGCCGUGAAAGAUACCAAGGAGAACUCCGAGGGUUGGAGCAAGAAGGCUAGGACACCCGAAGUGAGCAAAGCACUCAAAGAGAAUGGAGCUCCACCAAAGAAAGCAGCGGGAAGGAAGAGGAAAUUUCCACCCACAGAAAACGAGGCUGUGCCUCCGGCAGUGGCCACGCAGGACUCCCAGGAUGCGUCCGCACUGUGCCCACGCUCGACGGGCAGCAUGGUGGCCCACCAUGAUGACAUCGUGACGAGGAUGAAGAACAUAGAGAUGAUCGAGCUGGGCCGCAACCGCAUCAGGCCAUGGUACUUCUCGCCAUACCCACAGGAACUAGUCAAUUCGUGCAUUUACCUCUGUGAGUUCUGCCUAAAGUACACAAAGUCCCGAACCUGCCUCAAGCGACAUCUGGCCAAAUGCACGCUGAAGCAUCCACCAGGAAACGAAAUCUACCGCAAGGGAAAUUACUCUUUCUUUGAGAUAGACGGCCGCAAGAACAAGAUGUAUGCACAGAACCUCUGCCUGCUGGCCAAGUGUUUCCUUGACCACAAGACGCUGUACUAUGACACGGACCCUUUCCUGUUUUACGUUAUGACCGAAGUUGACAGCCGUGGCUACCACCUCGUCGGUUAUUUCUCAAAGGAGAAAGAGUCGACGGAGGACUACAAUGUUGCCUGCAUCUUGACACUGCCACCUUACCAGAGGAAAGGCUUUGGCAAGCUGCUGAUUGAGUUCAGUUAUGAACUGUCCAAGUUUGAAGGCAAGACGGGCUCCCCCGAGAAGCCACUUUCGGACCUGGGGCUUCUGUCGUACCGCUCCUACUGGUCCGAGACCAUCCUCGAGAUCAUGAUCAACAUGACUCCCAACGAGGCAGGAGAGAAGCCGCAGAUCACAAUUCAUGAAAUGAGUGAGUUGACAAGCAUCAAGAAGGAAGACGUGAUAUCAACACUACAGUACCUGAACCUGAUCAACUACUACAAGGGCCAGUACAUCAUCACACUGACCCGGGAGGUGAUCGAGGCAUACGAGCGGGCGGCCCUCAAGCGGCCCCUGCGGAUCGACCCCAAGUGCCUGCACUGGACGCCCAAGGACUGGUCCAAGCGCGGCAAGUGACCGCCGGCGACUUCGGCCACACGCCCUGCUCCGCUGGAGUGACAGUGCCCUCGUCCACCAUCACUGCACCGGAGUGCUCUUCACGGAGCAUGCUGUUGAUGCCAAAGCCAUUCUGUCGUCUGCUCCUUCACCACCUUCAACAAGAAGCGGCAGGUUAUUUGUGUUGUCAGUCGUGCUGCAUCAACUCGCCGUGCUUCGUCCCUCCGGCGUGUGAUGAUGCGAGCACUGUCAUUGGGCCUGUGUGUUUGCGCGCCUGCUUUAUCGACGUACCCUGGACACUUACUUCACAUUGACACCAAAACCCUCUCUGUCUUGAAAAGCAUGGCUUGCGAA